CACAGACACUCCCACUUUUUUUGUGGCACUUCCCCUUGCUGGCUGACUUAUCAUGGAGUGGCUUGAACUCACCAUGAGUCAGACAUCUGGGGCCUUCAGAGUCGGACAACAAGAAGAAGCCUCCCAAGCUGGCCGGACGAUUCCCCUGGUGACACUGCAUAAAAAAGAUGUCAACGACACCAUUUGACUAUGAGUAUCCCACCGAUGGGUACACGCCUGUUGGUCCAUGUAACAGGGACAGCGACAACCUCCUGGGGUCUCAUCUGUCCUACGUCCUCUACUUUAUGUUUUUCUUCAGCCUCAGUGGCAACAUGCUGGUUCUGGUCAUCAUCCAUCGGUUUGAGAAACUGACCACUGUGACCAACAUCUUGCUGUUGAACCUGGUGUUGUCCUCCCUGAUCUUCGUGAGCAGCCUUCCCUUCAUGGGAGUCUACAUGCAGCUCUCCAGCUGGAUCUUUGGCACGGCCAUGUGCAAGAUUGUCGGAAGUGCCUACUACUUGGGCUUCUACAGUUCUGUCCUCUUCCUAACUCUUUUGACCUUUGACAGACACCUGGCAGUUGUGUACUCCUUGAGCGCAUCACGACUGAGGAAUCAAAAGUAUGCGGUGGUCUCCUGCGCUGUGGUGUGGCUGGUCAGCACCCUGUCCUGCAUCAAGCAGAUGUUUAUCCACAGUGCUUAUGUUCAUAACCUGAAUAACAUAACAUACUGUGGUGAGUAUCCAGGUAAUUUAUCGCCCGAUAACUCAGACACGCUGAGGGAGUCUGGAUUUUACCUUCAGAUCUUUCUAUUCUUGCUAUUUCCCCUCGCUGUCAUUAUUUACUGCUAUGUCAGGAUUGCUAUCACUGUCAUAUCAUCCAGGCUCGCUACCAAGUUCAAAACAGUGAGGUUAAUAUUCAUCAUUGUGCUGCUGUUUUUUGUGUGCUGGACUCCGUUCAACAUUGCACUGCUGAUGCAAGACAGAGACUUACCCUGUGAGGAAUCAAGGAGAUGGACUUACGCUCUUCACGUCACUCGUAUCUUUGCUUACACUUACUUUUGCAUCAGUCCCAUCUUCUACACAUUUGUUGGGAGAAAGUUCCAGAACUAUUUCAGACAGAUGCUGGUGAAACGUUUCCCAAGGCUAAAGAGGCAUAUUUCUGUCAGUCAGCACAGCAAUACCAAUGUGUCCACCAAAACUACACCGAAUGAUCUUUAGGAAGGGGAAGGCCUUUGUUUCUCCGGGCUGUGUUCAACAAACAGUGGGUUUAAAACCUAUGAAGAAAUGCUGUGGGAGUUUUUAGAAACAAAUGUGUAUCUGAUAGCGAGAACUUACACUUUGGGUAGCUGGGUUGCUGAAGAUGUGUUUGGUUAACACAUUGAAAGAGUCCUGAGCUCCAUAUACAAAUAUUAUUGGCCAAGAGUCUAGGAGAUGUUUUCUUACCUAAACUGUUCAGCACGGUGGCACUGUGAUUUGCAAGGGUUGUUCAAGUUUGGUCUCCUCAUGUACCGUUGUUUUUGGCGGCUUUCUUCCCUUCAGGGAUCAGAGGUUUAUUGAUAAAAUUGGGCAACUGUAAAAACAUUGAUUUUGGAGGGCUCUGUAAACCCCCAUUCAUGUCAACCGCAACAGAAACAUUAAAGGAACAGUUAUUAUCCACUCGAUAUCAUGCCAAUGGUCAGUGUUGUGAAGUUUCAUAUUCCACUUGACCAUGCAUUGAAGGUGUAAAUAAUACCUUUUCAAAUCAGUUGGGAUCUCAGGGAAGAGUCGGAUCAUGCCUGACAAGCUGUAUAGAGCCAUCUUAUGCUUUUUAUGGUGGUUUUCCUUGCCUAAGCUACUUAAGUUGAUUUGCGCUUAAGUUUAUUUGCUGUGGAGCUCAUGAAAUAUUUUGUGGACUACAAAACUUAACCUGACUCUCCAUGCACAUAUAUAUUACUACUACUAUAAUGACUACAUUUUUAAAAAUUUUUUGGUGGACUUAUUUUUUUAACUGAUGGGCUAUUGCAUACCAUGAACUUUUCCCCGAUGGUAGAGUUGAGAGAGUUCAUUCACACCCAUCCAUCACAAAAAGGCGCUCCCUGAGUCAUCAUUAAGGCUUAACUUUAACAAUAGCAGAACACUUUGUAUAGACUAGAUGUAUAGUCCUUUAGAUUUUAGCACUUGACAUGAUGAUGUGCUGCAGAGUUGUCCAAGAUGAAUGUAAUUACAAGAAUACUGACCCACAACUCUAUCAAAAGUAAAGGUAGAUUAACUUAACUAGUUCUGCUGCAAGAUUGAGAAUUACAAUAGGUCAGCUGGGGCUGUAUGUGCUGUCUCAUAAGUUUCCACUGCCAACUCAAACCCUAGAAUAAAUGUUGGCUAUGUGCGUUCGUGCAACAUCACAAUGCUUUAUGUUGCACAGCUACAACUAGACAACGUCCUGACGUCUCUUUAAAAACAUCCAUUGGUGUCACACAAAAAUUAAAACACUAUCUUGAACAGUGGUCAAUGGCUUGGAAGCUGUUACACGUAGCUGCAUUGCCACCACCACCCCCUCCAUGAAAGUCAGCUCACAGUCAUGUACUGUGAGUGUAAUACUACUCAUAUUGUAUACAUGUUGAUAUGGUAAAUGCGACAUGUAGAAAUGUAAACAUUUGGGGAACAUGGAAAAUACUAAUUAUUUUGUUCUGCUAACUGAGCUGUCAUUGCCACACUUACUGCUAAUAAAGACAACAUUAAGGGCAUUAAACAAAAUCCAUCAUGUUAACCAGUGAUACGCUCAAAGCUGUACAAGUCAUACAUACCAUGUUUACAUUGUCAUGUCACAUUACAUGUUUAAGACCAGAGUUCUAUAUCACAAGGUGGAGGGGAUGGUGGUGGAGGCGAGAAAGGCUGCCAAACCAGUGGACAUAGUUGUAGACUCUGUUUUCACAUUUUCAAGCAUGACACCACUGGAUAUUUUUAAGGAGACCUUAGCACUAUUCCCAGCCAUGUUUUUGGUGACAAAGUUGACAUUUUACAGUAUGUAAAAUGUCAACUUUGGUCAACUUUAAUGGUUUUGUGGUUAGCGUGAGAACAAAGAGAACAAUAUUAGCUCUGUGCAUCUGACUCUGUUUAACAGCUGACCACAGAGUAUCUAUAACCUGUUCUAAUAUAGUGUGCUUCUGCAAAACAGUGAGUCAAGUGUGCACACUCAUUGUCCAGUCAUCUUCCACAUGGCCUUCAGCCUGUAAAUGGCUGCUUGUGACUAUAUUUGUUUUAAUUUUAUAUUCCAUCUGAUUGUAUUCCUUUGUAAAUAUGUAUUUCAUAAUGAUUCAUAUUCUUUGCUAUGGUGUUUUUCUGUCAAGUUUAAUAUGAGCCACAUUCUACUUAUAAAACUGAGGGAACUGCACCAAAAAAGGGAAUUAAAGCUUCAUGCUCGGUUGGUUUUUGUUUGAUUUAGUUCUUGCAUUUGCCUCUGUAAAUCUAAGCUGUUUGAUUAAAUCAGAUCUUUUAUUCAGCA